AGAGAGAGAGAGAGAGAGAGAGAGAGAGAGAGAGAGAGGACAAAAACGUGACGAAGCAGCCGAAGAGCUGUUAUGCAACCGCUGACCUACUAACACAUAUUUCUAGAAAGGGAGCCAGAGAAACUGGAGCAAAGUGUGCGGCAGCACACAACACACAGGCAGACCGAGCCAAGAGACAGAGAAACAGCAUCCACCCGACCCACUGACUCAACCACAACUGUCCCGAGCACCGAAAGCAGGAGAAGAAAACUUUUCGUUUUUUGUUGGGGAGGUUUCUUCUAAAAGGCACAAGGAAAGGAGGAAACGGGAGCGAGACAGCUUUUGUGUCGGGGAAGCCUGAAUCUUUUUUUCCUCCUCCAGGACACGAAAAGUUAGUCGUCAGCAAACAGCAGCACUGAAGCCGGAUCCUCAGGGAGCCCCCAGAGUAGACAGACUGACCUACACCCUCUCUAAGACACUAAAAGAAGCAGUGCAGCAGCCUAACAGCCAUCAAAAAUCUGCUGAAGAUUGGGGAAGAAGCUGAUAAACUCAAAAUCACCUCCAACAAGACAGCUAGAGGACUCUUUGCUGAAAAAAAUACAAAUUUGUUUCUUUUUUUUUAGGUUCAGAACACUAGUUCAAUGUCUGAGGUUUUUGGGGAGUUCCACCUUUUUCUAAUCUUCUUGGCUAAUAUGGACACUUGAACGUUUUGAUCGUGAAAAAUAAGAAACAGAAAUCAAUGAGGCUACCCCUUCAAGGAGCACAAAUACCUCAUCAAGAAGUUUUUGCCGAUCCUGCGACUUUGAAUCUGCUUAAUAACAAAGCAGAAGGCUCAUAUAGUUUUACAUUUUUCCCUUCUCCCCUUUGCCCUUUGCUAGAGUUACACUCUGGCCCCCAGCUGGGACAAAAUGGAAAGUCUAAGUCUACACCUCCCGAACACCAGCAACAAAAAUGCCAUGGAGGUCGACACGUAUUCCUCCUACAGUGGCAGCAUCCCAUCCCCUACUCCUGGAAGUGGAGAACGAAUCAGCCGCCAGUCUAAAGGUUCCAAGGCUAGUGCGAGCUGCCGUCGCAAGCGAGAGUUUAUUUCUGAUGAGAAGAAAGAUGCUUCCUAUUGGGAAAAACGGAGGAAGAACAAUGAAGCAGCCAAGCGCUCAAGGGAAAAGCGUCGCCUCAAUGACAUGGUGCUAGAGAACCGGGUCAUGGCACUGAAUGAGGAGAACGUUCGUGUAAAAACGGAGCUUCUUCAGCUCAAGUUGCGCUUUGGCCUCAUCAGCACAGCCUCCUACAUGGAGAAAAGUCAGCAGAUCUCCAACAGCGCUGCUGGUGGCAACAGUAGUAGUGGGAGCAGCAAUGGCACCUCAAAUGGUAACGCCUACCUCUCAAGCAGCGGCUACUCCAGUGCAUCCCAGGUGAUGCUGAAUUCUGACUCAUCUGAAACUGAACAGUCGAGCCGUGGCGAGCGCCACAACCUGCUCCACCAGUACUCUCCCCGGGGCUCCUUCUCUGACAUGUCUGAUGGCUCCUCCAGAGACAGCCCAGAACCCAUGGGCUACAAAAUAAAGACAGAGCCCUCAAGUAUGGAGAUGGCCGGACUGGAAAGCAACAGGAUGCCCAAUGGCAUGCCAAGUGGGGCUUACCAUGGCAACCACACUGCGCUGGUUUCUCCUCACCAGCAGAACACCCCAUUGGCUGAAAGUACCAUGGACUACCAGCACCACCAACAGCAGCAGCAGCCGCCGCAGUGCCACAUGGAGACCUCCAGUCCCGCUCCUCAGGCCACAUCUGCACAGAGGAGCGUCAUCUUGUACCGCUCCAGCAGCGGCUGUUACCCCAUGGAGACCCAGAGGCCGGAGGACCAGCAGUCCCAGCAGAACAGACCACUACAGCAUGGCCAGCACUCCUUAACCUCCAAGUUCUCUGACGGCUCAGUGACCAUCACAGAGGUUUCUGAGAAACUAGAGAGGACAAAGACAAUGGACUCGCCUCAGUAUGAAUACAGUAAUGGUUAUGCUGAGUCGACAGAGGAGCUGCAGCAAAGGUACAAUCCCAAUGCCCAACAACAGCGUGAGAGCCAUCGUGGACACUGCAGCUACCAGGGUCAGGAGAGCAGUCCCCAAAACCCCUUUGCCCCUAAUCUGAUCCACAACACUGAGGAGGGCAAGUCCUCCUUCCCACAGCACAACGGCUACCUCAACACACUGGACGAAGAGCCCCCGGUGCUCACCUACGAGGGAGGCCCCGGAGCUGGCGGUUUGUACCAGGAGAACUCCUCUGCUAAAGACACCUCAUCCAGUGAUGGGGAGCCCCGUAGCUCGGACAAGGAGGGCUCCACAGACGACGAGUCCCCCUCCUCGUCCUCCUCAGACAUUAGCAGCUACCACCAGAAGGCGGUGGAAGCUGCCGGCUCGAAUGGCGAGUUCCAAGCCGAGGUCAAAGCCACUGCCCUGCCCCACAAGCUCCGCCUCAAGUACAGAGCUCUGUCCAGUGGGGCAGCAGGAGGGCAGAUGGAGGGAACAGUCAACACCUCCAUGUCCCCCUCUCCCACUCUGCCUCAGCACCCUUACUUAGCUCUACCCAGCAACCCUAACAUCACCCAGGCCAACAGGGAGAGCAAAGAGGCGGACAAUGAGACUGAGUAUGCACAAGAGGUCAAUCCUUUGAAUGAGAGUGCGGACGCUAAAGAGGAGGUAGGGAAAAAGGGAUCCAGCAGCAGCUGGAGAGGGCACAAUAAGAGGCGAGAUUAAGGACAAACUUUCCUGUCACCUCUCUGUCGUCUUCAGCAGACAGACAUUUACAGACAACACAACUAUGACUCACAUCGCCACCUUACAAGACAGAGAAGAAGCCGGUGAUCUGUGUGAGGUGCAGUUAGCAUGUGAUUUCACCAAGUUUCACUGUGUCACCUGAUCCUCUUUCCUUUGCUCUCUCCUACCUCCCAUCUAUCCCUCCAGUUAAAAUGAUAGAUCACUUAAUGAGGAAGAGGACAGAAUGAAACUCUCCAGAGCUGAAACAUUAUUCAAUUAUUCAUUAUUGUAAACUGCCUUGGUGGCUGGCCAGCAUUUUUAUUGUGGCAUUAUGGUAACAUUCCUUUGACCAAAGAAUACACAUCCUUCCUUUAGUGUCUCCCUUUUUGGCAUCAAGAGUUACAUUCUUCCUCCCUCUGAACACACAUGUACCAUUUGAUUAUCCACUCUCCUACCAUCUGUACACACAAGUCCCCUUCACUUCUGAAGCACUUAGAUUGUAUAUUACUGUGACAUAUAAAUUUGCAUAUAUGGAAUAUAUAUUUUAAGAAGAAAAAUGUGGUGAAAACAAAAAAAUUAAAGCAGUGGGUUGCGGAAGUCAUAGACUUAAAAGUGAUCGUUUUUCUCUCGUUAUACUUUGUACAGUCGCUCUUUGUCUAGAAAAUGCCUCAAAGAUUUUCUUUGAACUAAAAGAACGGGCCACAACUUAGUUGAAAAAAAAAAAGAAUGGUACACUUUUUCCAGAUUUAUGGAUCAGAUCGGGGGUCUCAUUCAGGUGAAUCUGAGCUCUUUGACACUCAAAGCUGUCAAGGCCAGUUGUCCGCAUAUCAGUCAAGGCUAUGCAGUCACACAUUGCUGUUUGCAAAACCUGACAAGCACAAGGCAAGCCUCACCUGCCAGCCUUUCAACGAAAACCAAUCCAUCUACAUUUUCAGACAAAUAUUGCUUGUCUAAUAAAUGAAAUGGCUCUCCAGUCGCAAACAAGCAAAGCUGCUCUCUCUUCAUAAGGUGCCUCUUUAUUGUGUUGUCCCUCGUCCCCACUUUGGCCAAUGUCUUAACAAUCACACUCACCUCCGCACUGAGUUGUUUUAGCUGCAGUAGAUCAUACAGUCUGUACAAGUUUAACUGUUUCACUCCCUGGUGCCUGCCUCUGGCCACUAUGUAUAAAUGUAAAGUUGUCUCUCUAUCUCUUGUAUACUGCUGUCAUUGUUUUAUUAUUAUUGUAUUAAUAUUGUUAUUUUCUAUUAUAUUUGGUUAUUAUUUUGGCUAUUAUUAUGUGCAUAUUUCUGUCAUCUUGUGUCAUUUUGCUCUAUGCUCUUCCUGGUUGUGCUGUGUAUUUACCCAUGCUGCCCUUUGCCCCAGUUACCAUUUGUACUCUGUCUUACCGUAUAACCUUGUUGUUUGCCGAAAGGCUUUUAUGAAAAUGAAAGAAAAAAAAUUGAAUAAGGCUUGUUUAGAAGUGGUUAUGUAUUACCAUACUUCAUGUGGGUAUGCAAAAUGGUUACAAAAACACUCUUUUUUUAUUGUGAAAGAAUGAAAAUGGAGAAAACAAUUAAAGGUUGUUACAUUUA